GAGCACAGCAGAUAAAGUGAAGCAGUUUGUUUGGAUACAGAUUGCUGCAGGAAGACAGCAGGAUCUGGACAGUCUCUUCUCUCUGCUUCCUCCUCCUCUUUACAUAACUCCACUCUCACAGGACGGUCAUUUCCCCGCCUGCGCUCUUCCACUGAAGUCGUUACUGGUUUUCUCCCAGUGUCCGUUUGAAAUAAUGAGGCUCGUCGUCGUUCUGGCUGUGUUAAUGGGAGUAAGUGGGAUUCCCGACGUGACAAUCAGCCCUCCGACUGCCUCAGCGGACACGUCAGCUCAUCCCAACAGCAUACCUGAGACGGCGGAUGAAUCUGAGCAGAUGGAGGGAGCUGAGGAGGAUGUGAUGGCAACUGGCGAGCUGAACCCAAAUCACUACCCUGCUCGGAGGGCAGCUCAGGUGGUCCAACACUACCUCAACACCCGGUAUGGUUCACCAUUCAGGCUGAUUGGAGUGCAGACGGUCCACAGUGGGAACGCAGAGGAUGUGACAGACUCCAGAAGGAAGUAUCAGCUGGAGCUCUCGGUCAAUGAUAUCAUAAGCAAUACUACACAGACUUGCUCUGCAGAGCUUUCCUUUACAAAAGGAAAAGGGCAACAGCCACCUGAAGUCAAAGCCUCGUGUGAGGAGCUCCUUAAAAUCGACAUUAAAGCUCAAGAAGAGGCUCUAUACCAAAAAUACAAGACAAGCCAAACCCUGAUGUCUGCACAGUACUUACCAGACAGCCAUGGUCACAUCAAGCCCGACAUGGAGCCUUUUUGGCACCUGGGCAUUCUGGCCUCCAGCUUCAUCAUGCUGAAUGAAUCCACUGAAAACACUCUGUACAACGUGGCUCAGGUGGCCAACAUCACUCAGCUGACAACUGAAGAGGACCACCUGGAGUUUGACUGUCACACACUGUUGCAUGAAAUGGUGUCCCAGGAAAUCAUUCACUGGAAGAUGCUGUUUACCUGGUCUCCUGCAGAGGGGGUUAAAGUGCUGCAGAUGAAGCGGCUGCCUCACCGCCAUGAAAGGGAAAAAUCUCCAAAGACCAACUAAACUGCGGGUGUUUUCACACAGCCAAAACCACAUAUUUGUCCUCACAUUUUGUGGGGUCAAAUAUUGGAGCAUAAAUGGUUUUUUUUUGUUUUGUUUUUUUAUGAUGACGCUACAAGCACUAGGCACAGAUCUACUGCUGAAACCUAGAAUUUACACUCUUAAAUGCUUGUUUAACUCAUAAGUAUAUGAUAUACUGAAAUUGUUUUACAUGUCUGCGUUUGGUGUAUUUUAGCCGAAAUAAACUGUUUACAAUGACAA